AUGCCGACAGCCACCCUAAAAAAAAAUCAAACUCUAAAUAUUCAAUUUUUCCCCCCACUUUUCUUUUUCCCUUUUCCCUCUUCCCUCUUUCUUUCUUUUUCCCUCUUUCCUUCUUUUUCCCUCUUCUCUUUUCUUGUCCAUGUGCGACUGCUUCUUCCAGCCACCGUCGACGCCGAAGUCCACAAGCCACCUGCACGUGUCUCCUCCAUCUAUCCUCUUGGAGUAAAACGAAGGGGGAUCUUCAUAAAUGGGCAAUUUCUAGGGCCUCAGUUUGAGUCGGUUACCAAUGCCAACUUGAUUGUUAGUGUCUUCAAUGCCUUGGACGAACCCUUUCUCAUCUCAUGGGAUGAUUUUAGAAAGAAAUUAAUGACAGUCAAUUCUUACUUUGGAAAGACUAUUGAUGACGAGAGUGAGUACAAGGACAAAAAGAAGAAAGAUAUGUUGUUUGACAAUGAAUUUAAUGUUUUAUUUUAUUUGUAAUUUUUAUUAGAGUAAAGGAUUCUUUUUUGAGUUGUUAAUUAUUUAUUUUGUAAAUCUAGUAAUAUAUUUUUUAAGGUCAAGACGAUUAUGUUUAUAGACAAUGUUAUAUGAUUUUUGAGUAA